AUGUCAAACACAAAUGGAAACGUACAACAAGAUACAUCAUCAGCAAAUGUUCAAGGUUCACAUGAAAAUGAAAACGAAAAACCAUAUACUGAUCAAGGAAUAAAUGAAAAAAUUGUACAAAAAAUUCGUUCAUUGAUUGAUAUUGGUAAAUUAAAUUCAAGUGAUAUUGAUAAUCGUGUAUGUGAACAAUUACGUUCAUUUCCUGAUGAUAUAACAAGUAUUGAUUCAUUAUUUAAUGAAUUUAAUGAUUCCGAUUUAACCGGUGUUGUUAAUAAAGGUGCAUUUCUAUGUAAUUUUAUUAAACAAUGGAAAUUACGUAAUCCACAACAACCAAAAUCUUCAUCGAAUGAUUCACAAUCAACACAAGGUUUUGGUGAAAAUGCUCGUACACAUAAACCUGGUCCUGAUGAAGCAAAAUUAAAACAAAUUAUUGAACGAACGGGAUAUAAAACUGAAGUCACAGCUGGUCAACGUAAAUAUGGUGGACCACCACCUGAUGGACCUGAACGACCUGCUACUCGUAGCGAGGUUUUUAUUGGUAAACUUCCACGUGAAAUAUUUGAAGAGGAAUUAAUUCCAUUAUGUGAAAAAGCUGGAAAAAUUUGGGAUUUACGUUUAAUGAUUGAUCCAGCAUCAGGUUUUAAUAAAGGUUAUUGUUUUGUUACAUAUUGUUUUCCAGGUGAUGCAUCAAAAGCAUGUGAACAACUUAAUGGUUAUGAAAUUCGUCCAGGAAAACCAAUAAAAGCAAAUUGUAGUGUUGCUAAUCUUCGAUUAUUUAUUGGUAAUAUACCAAAAACAAAAUCAAAAGAAGAAAUUAAAGAAGAAUUAUCUAAAGCAGUUGAAGGUGUAACAGAAGUUAUUAUUUAUACACCAGCUGAUGAAGCUGAUAAGAAGAAAAAUCGUGGAUUUUGUUUUGUUGAUUUUGAUACACAUAAAAAUGCUUCAGCUGCUAAACGAAAAUUAGCUAAUGGUCGUGUUCGAGUAUUUAAUCGUGAUAUUGCUGUUGAUUGGGCUGAUCCAGAUGAAGAACCUGAUGAUGAUACAAUGUCACAAGUUAAAGUUUUAUAUGUACGAAAUUUAACAUCUGAUGUAUCAGAAAAUGAUGUAAAAGAUUUCUUUUUACCAUAUGGAAAUAUUGAACGUGUACGAAAAGUUCGAGAUUAUGCUUUUGUUCAUUUUGAUAAACGGGAUGAUGCAUUGAAUGCAAUGCGUGCACUCAAUGGAAAAAUUCUUGGUCGAAAUUCAAUUGAAGUUAGUUUAGCUAAACCAUUAAGUGAUAAACGUAAACAAGCACAAUCAAAACGUGAGCAACGAAAACCAUUUGAUACACCAGUGAAUUCACGAAGCGGUUUUGGUGAUAAUGCACCAAGUGAUUUUACAGGUGGACCAGCAUCAAGUAGUUUCGGUGGUUUUAAUAGCGGUCAACCACGUGUCGGUGGACGAUCUGAUGACUCAUUCAAUGUGAAUACUUUUGGUGCUUUUAGCGGAGAUAAUUUAAUGGGCAAUGCUCCACCACAGCAUCCACCUCCACCACCCUCAUCAUCACGAGGUGGACCAUCUCAACGAGGGAAUAAUCGUGGUGGUCGUUCCGGUGGUUCAUCAGGUGGCGAUCGAAGUGGCUUUUCAGGUAAUCGUGGAGGUGGAUUUCAUUCUGGUAAUCGAAGUGGAAAUGGUAAUUUUAAUCAAAAUAAUCGUGGAGGUUUUAAUAAUAAUUACCGAGGAAAUUAUGGUGGACCACCACAAAAUAAUAAUUCUGGUGGAUAUAAUAAUAAUGAUAGUGGUUUCAAUCGAAUGGGUGGUGGAUUUAAUAAUCAAGGUGGUUUUGGCGCAUUUAACGGUCCAUCACAAAAUAGCAAUCAAUCAUUCGGUCGACCAUCAAAUCAAAUGGGCAUGGGUAACAGUGGCUUUGGCAUGAAUCCAAUGCAACAAAAUCAAUCAUAUGGAGGUAUGAAACGACCACCGAACCAGAUGAACGAUGGUAAUAUGUCGAAACGAUCCCGUCCAGAUACUGGAUCGUGGGGAGCUAUGGGUGGUGAUGGUAAUGAUAAUUCCAAUAAUGGUCCACAACAACAACAAAAUGCCGGUGGAAAUUGGUAUCAAGAUCAGGGCUACAACAGCUCACAGCAACAGUCCAGUUAUAGCUGGAACUGA